UUCGCCCUCGACUCAAGUCGAUCCCCUUUCGAUUCAAGGGUUAGGGUUUCGAUCUGCCCCCUUUCAGUUCAAUCCCCUUUGUGAUCCUAGAGAUGCCUCAGCGUCACUCGAAGAACAACAACGACCUCGCGUUCUUCACCUACGAUGAGAAGAAAAAGUUAGGGUACGGGACUCAAAAGGAGCGGCUUGGCAAAGAUUCGAUUAAGCCCUUCGACGCUUGCUCCCUCUGCCUCAAACCCUUCAUCGAUCCUCUCUCCUGCCAGAAAGGCCACGUCUUUUGCAAAGAAUGCAUCUUUGAGUGCCUCCUCUCUCAAAAGAAGGAUAUUCAGAGGAAAUUAACAGCUCAUGUAUCUAAACAACAGCAAGAGAAAGAGGAGGAAGAAGAGAAGCUAGCACAACAAAAAGCCCGCGAGCUCGACGCUUUUGAUCAACAAAAUCACGGCGCCGUGCCCCAGUACAGCGACAGAAAUCAUUCCAAUGGAAAAAACGGUUUCCAUGGAGCCAACAGUGUUAAGGCAACUUCCUACGAAGAGGAAGCUCUUCGAACAAUGAAAGCCUUUUGGCUACCCUCUGCAACUCCCGAAGCCCCAAUCAAAGUAGAUGCUCCUUCCACAAGUACAACUUGUCCUGAAGGCAAUGAGAAGUUGAAGAUGAAGUCCCUUUUUCCAAUUUACCUCACUGAAGAAAGCAACAAGCAGAAACAGCCUAAGUCGUUGGAGACCAGUUAUAUUUGCCCUAGUUGCAAGGUUACACUUACUAAUACGCUUACACUGGUAGCUGUUAGUACUUGUGGCCAUGUUUUUUGUAAGAAGUGUGCAGAUCGGUUUGUGGCAGUGGAUAAGGUUUGUUUGGUAUGUAAUAAGGCAUGCAAGGAGAGGAAUUUGGUUACUUUGGAGAAAGGAGGAACGGGGUUCUCUGCUCAUGGAGAUCAUUUGGAGGCGACUGAUUUUAAGCAUUUGGGAAGUGGUUCGGGCUUGGGCUUAGUAAGGCCUGCUGCAAAAACUUGAGACAUGGGUGCAUCUUUCAUUGCUGGAGUUUAUAAAUUUGUUUCUUGUCAUGUGGAUGUUUCUGAUGUCUCAGCAAAAGAAAUGUAAAACGUUCAAGUGAAUGUCGGUUCAUGGUUAUUGGCUCCUUUAAAUGCUGUAAUAGGGGACUUUUUAUGUUGGUUUUUAUGUAUUUGAAAUCUGAGAUGCUGUCAGUUGAGAAUUGAAUUGAAUUUGUUGUAUAUCCUUCUUAGUACUCUUUUAUUGCAGUAAAGAUUGGGACAAGUUUCUAGGCC